GCAUUGAAGGUUGGUCGUCAAAAAUCACGUUAUUUUCUAGGAAAAUUGGUGCCAUCUUGAUUCCAAAAUAGGUGGAGCAUGGAAAUUUACGCUUUACACUAGCUUAACCUGUGCGUGAUGAGGCUGAUAUCAUACGAGAAGUCCAGCUAAGCGUUGUUUUCAAAUUAAACACACAAGCACAUCGUUUUGUGCGAAUCUAAAUCAGUUGCAAUGUUCAAACUGCCCACAAACUGCCUACCAAAGACGAUCAUCUGCUGGUUCUUGGUGCUGUCGUCAAUCGAGAGGAUACCCACGAUCAGUGCAAACGAAAAUACUCACUAUCUGCCACCCCUGGAAUGUUACGAUCCCUACGGUAGACCGCAGCGUUGUAUACCGGAGUUCGAGAAUGCGGCCUAUCAGGUAGAGAUCGAGGCCACGAACACAUGCGGAGAGGAUGGCGAUACUAACUUCUGCGUCCAAACGGGAUAUUCGAACCGGAAAAGCUGCGAUGACUGUCGGGCAAACCAGCAUUCGCCGCAUUAUCUGACGGAUCUGCACGAUCCUACGGAUUCGACCUGGUGGCAGUCGGAAACCAUGUUCGAGGGAAUCCAAUACCCGAACCAGGUCAAUCUGACCCUCAAGCUGGGUAAAUCGUUCGAUAUCACGUACAUUCGGAUUGUGUUCUAUUCGCCACGGCCGGAGUCCUUCGCCAUCUACAAGAGAAUAACACCGAACGGACCGUGGGUGCCUUAUCAGUAUUACAGUGCCACCUGUCGGGAUACUUACGGUCUACCGGAUUCGGUUUCCGUCAUGAAGGGGGAAGAUGAAUCGCGUGCUCUCUGUACCAGUGAAUAUAGUGAUAUUUCUCCGCUACGAGACGGAAAUAUUGCCUUCUCUUCCCUGGAAGGAAGACCGAGUGCCAUAAACUUCGAGCAUAGUCUUGAGCUGCAGCAAUGGGUAACAGCAACCGACAUCCGCAUCACGCUGGACCGUUUGAACACUUUCGGUGACGAAGUGUUCGGGGAUGCUCAAGUACUGAAAUCGUACUUCUAUGCCAUUGCCGACAUCGCUGUGGGAGCCCGAUGCAAAUGUAACGGCCACGCCAGCGAAUGUAUUACCAGCACCAGCAGCACCGGACAGCGAGGCCGUGUGUGUAAGUGUCAACACUUCACCGAUGGUCCGGAUUGUGAAAAAUGUUUACCGUUCUACAACGAUGCUCCGUGGGGACGGGCCACUUCGAAGAAUGUUCACGAGUGCAAACCCUGCAACUGUAACGGAUACUCCACGAAGUGCUUCUUCGAUCGUCAGCUGUACAAUCUGACCGGCCACGGAGGUCACUGUUCGGACUGCGGAGCCAACCGAGACGGUCCGAACUGCGAGCGCUGCAAGGAGAACUUCUUCAUGCGCGAUGACGGUUACUGUAUCAACUGCGGCUGUGAUCCGGUUGGUUCCCGAUCGCUGCAAUGUAAUGCCGAAGGCAAAUGCCAGUGCAAACCUGGUGUUACCGGCGAAAAGUGCGACCGCUGUGAGAAUAACUUCUUUAACUUUGGUCCUCACGGCUGUCAGCCGUGUAACUGCGACACGAGAGGCUCCCUGGACAAUACUCCGUCCUGUGAUCCGGUUAACGGAAUCUGCUCCUGUAAGGAAAACGUUGAAGGUCGCCAUUGUCGCGAAUGUAGACCGGGCUAUUUCAAUUUGGAUGCGGAGAACACAUUCGGAUGUACGCCGUGCUUCUGCUACGGUCACACCAGUGAGUGCACCAGCGCAGCUGGUUAUUCAAUCGUAUCGACAACAUCCAACUUCAACAAACACAAGGAAAAAUGGACCGCAGCAACGGCGGUUGGACACCCGGUCGAUGUAAAAUACAACUCCAAAAGCCAAACCAUCGGCGUUGGUGCCCAGGGCGUUGAACCGAUUUAUUUCCUGGCUCCCGAUCGCUUCCUGGGAGACCAACGUGCUUCCUACAACCGACUACUGAAAUUCCGUCUUCAACUGGUUGGACAACCCCGACCGGAUGUUAGCACAUACGAUAUAAUACUUCAAGGCUCCAACAGUAGCAUAUCGCUUCCGAUAUUUGCUCAAAACCAAGCAAUGCCCGAUGAUGAGUACAAGGACUUCGCCUUCCGGCUUCACGAACACCCGGAAUAUUCCUGGCAACCAUCCAUGUCAGCCCGUGGUUUUAUGUCUAUCCUAAGCAACUUAACCGCCAUCAAAAUCCGUGCAAUCUACGCCGAUCACGGGGAAGCCUUCUUGGACGAUGUCGAACUGCAAACGGCUCAUCGCGGGGCUGCCGGACGACCGGCAAGCUGGAUCGAACAGUGUACCUGCCCGGAAGGUUACUUGGGACAGUUUUGUGAAUCUUGUGCUCCCGGCUAUAGGCACAAUCCGGCCCUGGGUGGACCGUUUAUGCCGUGCAUCCCGUGCGACUGUAACAAACAUGCCGAAAUUUGCGAUUCGGAAACCGGAAGGUGUAUCUGUCAGCACAAUACGGCCGGAGAUACGUGCGAUCAGUGUGCGAAGGGAUACUACGGAAAUGCUUUGGGAGGAACUCCGUACGAUUGUAAACGUUGUCCUUGUCCGGAGAAUGGAGCUUGCAUGCAGAUGGCAGAUGAUACGGUUAUCUGUCUGGAAUGUCCCGUUGGCUACUUUGGUCCUCGAUGUGAGCUCUGCUCUGAUGGUUAUUAUGGUGAUCCGACAGGAGUUCACGGUGCCAUUAGGAUGUGUGUAGCCUGCGAUUGUAAUGGAAACGUAGAUCCCAACGCUGUUGGUAACUGUAACCGAACGACGGGUGAAUGCCUGAAGUGUAUACACAACACGGCUGGAUUGCACUGCGACCAAUGUCUGCCAGGUCAUUUCGGAGAUCCAUUCGCCUUACCUCAUGGAAACUGCGACGAGUGUAGCUGUUAUCCGAGAGGCACCGAACAAACUGACAAGGGAAUUUCGAUUUGUGAUCCAAUAAAUGGAAACUGUCAGUGUAAGCCAAACGUUGUUGGCCGAAACUGUAACGAGUGUAAGAACGGAUACUGGAACAUCAUUUCCGGAAAUGGAUGCGAAAGUUGCAACUGUGAUUCGGUGGGAAGCUACAAUUCUUCCUGUGAUACCUACACAGGCGAGUGCUACUGCAAACCGGGAAUUAUCGGUAAAAAGUGCGAUAAAUGUGCUGUCGCACAUUACGGCUUUUCACACGACGGUUGUCAGUCUUGCGAAUGUGAUCCUAGCGGAUCCAAGGGGUCACAGUGCGAUCAGUAUGGACAGUGUCCGUGUAACGAUAAUGUCGAAGGAAAGCGAUGCGACCGUUGUAAGGAGAACAAAUAUGAUCGUCACCAAGGUUGUCUGGACUGUCCGGCUUGUUACAAUUUAGUGCAAGAAGCAGCAAAUGACCAUCGACAGAAGUUGGCAAAUCUCAAUAAAAUAUUGCAUGACAUUCAAUCGAAACCGAUUGUAAUAGAUGAUAACGAGUUUGUGGUAAAACUAAGAGCUGUUCAAGACAAAAUUGACAUUUUGGUAGAGGAUGCCAAAAGUGGUUCUGGCGGCGGUGAAAAAACGCUUAACGAAAUGCUCCAAGAGUUGGAGAAGCGAUUGGAAACUGUGCAGGAUUUGCUUAACAAAGCUGAUCAAUCUCAAGAACAAACUGAUUUCAAAAUCAGCAAAGGCACCAGCAAUGCAACAAUCGCAAACAAUUUGAUACAAGAAGCCCGUAAAGAGCUGGAAGAGUCAAUCGAUUUACUGCAAACUGAUGGAAAUGCGGCACUGAACAGAGCUCGCGAAAUAUCGGGCCACCUCGGAAACCAAACCAAUCAGAUCAGUGGAAUAUCACGAGAGGCUCGACAGUAUGCGGAUAAGUUCAAAAAAGAAGCCGAAGAAAAUAAGAAACAAGCCGAAGAGGCUUUGGAAAAGGCAACAAAGGCACAUAACAUCGCCAAGAAUGCCAUCAAUUUACAGGCGAACAUUAGCGAAGAGUUCCGGACUAACAUUUCAAAUGAAGUGCAGCAAGCGAACGAGAAGCUGAACACCGUUUCCAAACUUACGCAACAGGCACUGACAAAGGCUAACGAAGUGUACGACGAAGCGCUGUCGCUGUUUGCGGCGGUUAACAACCUGUCACCACCCAAUAUCGAUAUCGAUCACAUCAAGAAGGAGUCGAACAAAUACAACAAGGAAGCCGACAAAAUCAACGAAGAUUUGGACAAAACGAUAGACGAUCACCUUGCUCUGCUGACGGAAAUUAGCGAGAAUAUAGAACUGGCGAAUACGCUGCUCGAGAGAGCUGAUUCUCAGAAAGACGACGCAAUAAGAGCGGUGGAAGAGCUGGAAUACGCUAAAGAAUUGGCCGAAAAAGCGGUAGCCGAAGGAGACGGAACUCUGAAGAAGGCUAACUUUACCUAUCAUACUUUGGCCGGUUUCAAAAAUCAAGUUGAAGAAUCCAAACAAAAGGCCGCAGAAGCGCUAAAAUCCGUGGACAGUAUACGGCGUCAAAUUGAUAACGCAAUCGAGCUUAUUGUUAAUUCGGAAGAGGCUUUACGUAGUGCAAAUCGAAACGCCAUCGAGGCCAGAAACAACGCACAAGAUGCGCAGAAGAAAUACGCCGAAGAAGCUUCCAAGCUCGCCGACAACAUCAAAAAACGAGCAAAUACUACCAAAAACACGGCCCGUGACCUGCGCCACGAAGCGGACCAACUGAACGGUCGUUUGGCAAAAACGGAAAACAGUCUAACCGAGCGGGAAACCAACAUUCGGAAGGACUUCAACCUGACCAAGGAGGCAAAGGAAAAGGUUGGCCAAGCGCAGCUGAACUCGAACGAGGCUAAAACCCAGGUCGAUAAGGCCAUGAAGGAGGUAAAGGCAAUCAUGGACGAGCUAGCCGAUCUGAGAGACAUCGAUACCAAAUCGCUGAACGCUUUAGACGAACGUCUAACGGCAGCCGAAAAGGAGCUGGAGGAUGCAAAACUCGCCAGCAAGCUGCACGUUCUGAAUGAGUCGAAAAAUCUCCAGACUCAAAACAUCAAAAGCUACCAGCGAGAGCUGGCAGAGUUGGAGAAUGAAAUCCACAACAUUAAGAUGAUUGCCGAUUCACUGCCCGAGAAUUGUUACAAACGAACACGCUUGGAGCCGUAAGCGAAGCGAAGCGCAGUGCAAUGACAAAAAAAACACUCUUAACCCUCUAAGUUCCAGCUAUUAUUUCCACGUAAAUAUGCUGCAUAAGUCGUCAUUUAACGCAAUAUUUUAGUAGAAGUCUGAUUGUGUUCAUUUUCACAGCAAACACAGUGCCAAUUAUUUUGUACAAUAAUAACAUUUUAUGCCUUAAAAAAAACGAGUGCAGUAGGGAUAAUUCGAAACUUACUUAUUGAUUUGUCAAAUUCAGUACAUUAAAACUGUGGACCACCUAAUUUAAGUGAAUGGAAUCGCGUUUUUUUUCUCAGUCAUUGAGCCCAGUAAACUUUAAGCAAAUACAUAAUAUAUUUCUCUUUGUGCCGCAAAAUGUGU